UGCUAUUAUAAAGAAAUUCAGCAUGACAUCGAGGCGGGAAAGUUUUCUUAAGAGAAAAAGAAAAUUUAUUCGUCUCAUUGAUAUCUGUUUCUGACGGAAUUGAAGCUCAACCUGUCUUAGAAUGAAACUGCCGAAUUCCCACGGAAUUAUUGAUUUGUUUUUGUUUCAGAAGUCGGAACAAGAGAAAUAAAACAUUCCAAAAUGAAUGGAAUCAGAAUUAAGGGAAAAAAAUAUUUGGAUGUCAAUUGAUAAGACUUACAUUGUACUUGUUACAAAUGUAAAAAAACAUAUUGUGUAAAUCAAAUUGAGUCAAUACGUUCCUUCACUCCUUGGCAUGUCAAGAUGAAAUGGAUUUAGCUGUAAAAUGAAAUAUCGUCACAAUUGUUUAUCAUGAUGAUUCGUGAUAUAAAAGAAAUGAAAUCGGAUUUCGAGUUAACUCCCACAUUUUAUUAUUUACGAUUUGAGUUCAACAUGACUAGGAAUUGUUUACGCUUCUUUUUAAAAUGCUUUCUCUACUUUUAUAGCUAAAUUUGGUUCACAAAAAUAAA